GAGCGUGGGGCGGGCGCAGCGAGCCGGCGCAGCUGUCCGGAAUCAUGACUGAAGAUGACGGAUUCCGUGGUGGUGGAGGGUCACGUCAAGUUGAGGGACGGAAAAAAGUGGAAGAGCAGGUGGCUGGUGCUGCGCAAGCCCUCCCCGGUGGCAGACUGUUUGCUCAUGCUGGUGUACAAGGAUAAAUCUGAACGAGCAAAAGGGCACAAGGAGAGGAGCAGCAUGACCUUAGAAGACAUCUGUGGCUUGGAGCCUGGGCUCUCCUAUGAGGGCCUGAAUCACACACUCGCAAUCAUCUGUCUCUCUCAAGUUGUGAUGCUGGGAUUUGAGAACAAGGAAACAAUGUACGCAUGGGAUGUACGAAUACGCUACAGUUUGGGGGAAGUUCAUAGAUUUCAAGUCUUUGUAGCACCUGGCACCAAACUAGAGAGCGGGCCUGCUACCCUGCAUUUCUGCAAUGACAUUCUCGUCCUUGCAAAAGACCUCCCUCCCAGUGUCAUGGGGCAGUGGAAGCUCUCAGAUCUGCGCCGGUAUGGAGCUGUCCCAAACGGAUUCAUCUUUGAAGGGGGUACCAGGUGCGGCUUCUGGGCUGGUGUCUUUUUCCUCUCUUGCGCUGAAGGAGAGCAGAUCAGCUUUCUGUUCGACUGCAUCGUCCGUGGCAUCUCCCCGACGAAAGGCCCCUUUGGUUUGCGUCCAGUCCUACCAGCUUGAUAUACCUUUGGCCAUUGCAAGACAGCUCUGUGGCUGCCUUCUGCAGUAUCUGUACCAAGUGGAUCC